AUGGGGCUUAUCGAUGCGGCUUUGCCUCUGGCAAAAUAUGCUGCCUCCAUCUUUUUGCCUCUAAUACUCUCCGUCGUUAUCUACCGUAUUGCCUUCGAUCCGUUGCGCAAAUUUCCCGGGCCACUUCUCGGGAGGUUUUCCAACGCGUACGGAGCCUACUAUGCUGCUCAGAGGAAUCUCCAUAUCGCCACGUAUCAGGAUUUGAAGAAAUACGGCCCCGUCUACAGACAGGGUCCAGAUCGACUGGUCUUUAAUACACCUACUGCAGUUCAGGAAAUAUACCUCCACCCUCGGAUCACUAAAGCACGCCUUUAUUUGCAGACUCAAUAUGAGACGGAGCACAAUGUCUUCGGCACAAUGGACCGGCACCGCCACCAACAAAAGCGCAAGAUUUAUGGGCGGCUCCUGUCGGAUCGCGCCCUGCGCUCUUUUGAGCCGGCUAUGCACGGCGAAAUUGAUAUUUUCCUGCGUCAGCUUCAUACGGCCGGCAACAAACCCGUCGAUAUGUCGCCUCUUUGCGGCCGUCUCACGACCGACGUUGCCGGCCAGAUCGGGUUUGGACAGUCGCUCGGUACACAGACGCAGCCGACGAAUCGCGUCCUGCCCAGCAUUAUGACCAGCCUCCUCGGACUGGCGAACAUUUACAUGGCGUGGCCCAGUCUCGCCCUUGUGCACAAAAUUAUUGAGAUUUUGCCAGAAAGUAGGAGGAAUUUCCAUACCUGGCGCAAUGCUCUCUUCGGUAUUAUUAGUAAACGCGUCGAUCUGCCUAAGCACGCGAGACGUGAUAUCUACUCUAUUGUCGCAGAGGAUUUUGAAGCCGACCAAGAAAUACCCCCACGCGAAAUGGGUGAGGUCUGGGGCGAGGCUACUUUUAUUAUUCCCGCAGGUGGCUUGACUACAUCGACUGCGAUUAGCGCAAUCUUCUUCUACCUCUCCCGCCAUCAGGACGUCUACGGGCGCCUGGCCGCCGAGAUCCGCGCUGCGUUCCCCGACAGUGCGUCCAUCACAAGUGGGCCGGGGCUAUCGGGCUGCACUUACUUGCGCGCCGUGAUUGACGAGUCGCUGCGCAUGGCGCCGUCCACUACCAUUACGGCGUGGCGCGAAGAGGACCCCAAGUCCAAGUCGACCGAACCGCCCUUUGUCGUCGACGGGCACAUCAUCCCCCGCGGCACCUAUGUCGGCGUCAACUCGUACUGCCUGAUGCACAAUGAAGAGUACUUUCCGAAGCCGUGGGCAUUCCGGCCCGAGCGCUGGCUGGCCGGCGACGAGGAGGGCUCCGAUAGCAUGGCCGCCACUAUGCGGUCCGCCUUUAUCCCCUUUGCGGUGGGCUCGGCGUCAUGUCUGGGCAAAAGCAUGGCGUAUAUGGAAAUGAGCCUGGUGAUAGCCAAGACGCUCUGGUAUUUCGAUUUCCAAAGGGCCGCGGGCGAGGCCGGGCAGCUGGGUGGUGGUGAUCCCCAGUCGAGCAGCCGGCCUCGCGUAGACGAAUUCCAAUUGUACGAUGCUCUGAUUGCUGAUCACCACGGCCCUAGCUUGAUCUUCUCACCUAGGGGCACCUUUUGGAAGGAUCUAGUAAAAAACGCUUGA